AUGGUAGUUAUACCGCAGACGAGUAACGUCAUGAACAAUACCUCGACAAAUUUCAGCGACAAUUAUGAAGUCAAGGAGGAGCUCGGGAAAGGUGCGUUUUCGGUAGUGCGAAGAUGUGUACAGAAACGAACUGGUAUGGAGUUUGCUGCAAAAAUCAUUAAUACGAAGAAACUUUCCGCACGUGAUUUUCAAAAACUAGAAAGAGAAGCUCGAAUAUGUCGCAAACUACAACAUCCCAAUAUCGUGCGAUUACACGACAACAUACAAGAAGAAGCUUUUCAUUAUCUUGUUUUCGAUUUAGUGACCGGCGGUGAACUGUUCGAAGACAUAGUUGCCAGAGAGUUUUAUAGUGAAGCCGAUGCGAGUCACUGUAUCCAGCAAAUUCUAGAAUCAAUCGCCUAUUGCCACUUGAACAAUGUGGUUCACAGAGAUCUCAAGCCUGAAAAUCUCUUACUUGCAAGCAAAGCAAAAGGUGCAGCAGUGAAAUUAGCAGAUUUCGGGCUUGCAAUUGAAGUACAGGGAGAUACGGAAGCAUGGUUCGGUUUUGCAGGCACACCCGGUUAUUUAUCACCAGAAGUGCUCAAAAAGGAUCCUUAUGGAAAACCGGUUGAUAUUUGGGCAUGCGGAGUUAUCCUCUAUAUUCUUCUUGUUGGUUAUCCACCGUUUUGGGACGAAGACCAACAUCGCUUAUAUGCACAAAUAAAAGCGGGUGCUUAUGAUUAUCCAAGCCCUGAAUGGGACACGGUUACUCCUGAAGCUAAGAAUUUAAUCGAUAAUAUGUUAACGGUUAAUCCAAAGAAACGAAUAACUGCAGAACAAGCUUUAAAAGUUCCGUGGAUUUGUAAUCGUGAACGUGUUGCCUCAGUAAUACAUCGCCAGGAUACUGUGGAUUGCUUGAAGAAAUUCAAUGCUAGGCGAAAACUAAAGGGUGCAAUACUUACAACGAUGAUUGCUACACGAAAUUUAUCAAGUAAGUUCAUCUACAGUACAUUUUAA